AUCAGGAUUUACGAUAGCUGAAGUUGAGCCUAUGGGGAUCUUCCAGUUUGCUCUUAACUCCAGAUCUGUUUCAAUUGAAGAAGAUGUUCAGGCAGUCAAACUACAAGUCCAAAGAUUGUUUGGUUUCCAAAGUAAUCUCACUAAAUUGACAUAUCAGACCAUUCCAGGAAGUGCCAAACCACUAGAGGAUUUUAUACCCAUCUACAAUGGAGAGCUUAUUUUUUUACGUUUUCAGACAAAUGCUGUGAUAGAAAUAUCAAUAAUUGAUGAUGCUGUGUCUGAAGUGGAGGAAUUUUUUUUUGUAAAUUUGACUACUGUGGAAAUUUUGGAUGUUCAACCUGUGAAUCCUGCCUGGGGUCCGCGUUUGAAUCCAGAUUUCAGUGUUGCAACAGUUAAUAUCCUCGCUAAUGAUAUUCUUCAUGGAAUAUUAAGCUUGGGGCCAGAGUUUAUUUAUGUUGAAGAAGAUGCAAACAACAGUACCCCCAACACAGUUACACUUCAUAUCAGAAGGACCAAGGGUUUUACUGGUGAUAUUGAAGUAACCAUUAAAACCUUCGGAGGAGUGAGUGCGCAGAGUGGAGUAGAUUCAUAUCCUUUUAAAAAUGUUUAUGGAAAAUCAAACUUCACAUGGGCAAUGGAAGGAGAAGAUUUUGAGGAACAGUUGGUCACUCUCACUUUGCUGGAUGGAGAAAAAGAAAGCAAGGUGUCCAUAAAAAUUUUUGAUGAUGAUGAACCCGAAGGGCAGGAAUUGUUUUAUGUUUUCCUCUCAAAUCCUGAAUGUGGAGCUCAGAUUGUGGAAGGAAAGGAUGAAUAUGGAUUUGCUUCUUUUGCAACAGUAAUUAUUGCAGGAAGUGACCUCCAGAAUGGCAUUUUGGGAUUCGCUCCAGAUGUACAAAGCAGUCUUGUUCUUGAUGAAGACUCAGAAAACAGAGAGGUGCUGAUGAUUGUCACAAGGCAACCAAACAGGGCUUUUGAAGAUGUGAAGAUUUUUUGGCGUGUGACCUUUAAUAAAACAGCUGUUGUCCUUCUGAAAGAUGGCAUGAACUUGGAGAAUGAACUGGUAUCUGUGCUAGGAGCCACUACCUGCAUGGCCAGUCAAACAACAUGCAACAUCUCCAUUGAAAUAAAACCUGAUAAUGUACCUGAAUUUGAAACAUACUUUUUUGUUGAGCUGUAUGCUGUAAGCACAGGAGCUGCGUUGAACAACAGUGCCAGAUUUGCUUUUAUAACAGUCCUUGAAAGUGAUGCUCCUCGUGGUUUAGUGUAUUUUGCUGUGGGAUCUCGUUUUGCUGUGGCUCAUAAGAAGACAACUUUAAUCAGUCUGCAGGUGCUUAGAGAUUCUAGUACAUCAGUAACCACAACGGUUAGCUACAGCCUGCAGGAGCUACAAAAACCUGAGCCUAUUGGUCGGACCUUCAUAUCUCCAGCUGUGGCAGGACAAGAUUUUACCAGAUCUGAAGGUUUAUUGACUUUUGAACCUGGACAGAGAAAUACGUUUGUGGAUGUGACCCUUACCCCAAAGACAGGAUCUUUAAACCCAUUUCCAAAGCGUUUCCAGGUUGUACUUUCCAAUCCCUCGGGCGGUGCCAGAGUAGAUGAUGUGUAUGGUAUUGCUAACAUCACCAUUGUCUCAGAGUUGGACUCCUUGCCAGUUUGGGGAAUGAUUGAUCAACUGCAUCAGCCUCUUGAUGAGACCAUUUUACACAGAGUCCUCCAGAAUCUGAAUGUCAGAGUGGCUACAGAAGCUACAGAAGAGCAGCUUACUGCUGUGAUCCAUAUAAUACAUAAGGUUGCAGACGUGGGUGAAAAACAGUUACUCACUGCUAAAAGCAGAAGUCUUUUCUAUGAGAUACUCUGUGCUCUGGCUAGCCCGAAACGUGAGGACACGCGAGGGUAUAGCCUGCUUGCUGAGGUGACUGAGAAGUUUGCUUUUUCCCUGUUGACUGGAGUAAUGUGUGGAUCACCAGGAGAACGAGGUAAAAAUAUCCUUGACAGCUGCCCUUACAUUGCAAUAAUGGCUCACAACUGGUUUCCUCAGCAAAUCAAUGGACACAGGUUUGAUGGAAAAGAUGGGGAUUCUAUUCAAGUACCUGAACAUUUACUAGAAGUCUCUGUUGUCUUAUCACCUCCUCAAGAAGAGAACUGCAAAUCUGUACAGUUCACAGAAUACAGCAGUCAGCAGUGGUUCCUUACUGGAGAUAAAGAACUUGCCCUGAAGAACAAGGUUUUUUCUAUGAGUUUGAAGGGUCAGAGUUCACACCCUUUGAAAGAUAACAAUGAAGUAAUUUAUCGGAUUUAUGCUACGGGAAGUCGGAUUGUUCCACAAAAGUCUUUAUGUCUCCUCUGGAAUCAAGCUGCUGAAAGCUGGCUGUCUGACAGCGGGUUCUGCAAAGUGGUUGAUGACACAUCAGACUACGUGGAAUGUUCUUGUUCUCAUAUGUCCAUCUAUGCAGUUUAUGCUCAAACAGAUAACUUGUCUUCAUACAAUGAAGCAUUUUUCUCUUCAGGAUUCAUCUGCAUUUCAGGUUUCACUUUGGCUAUUAUCUCCCAUCUUUUCUGCACCAGGUGUGCAAUGUUUGCAGCUAAACUUCUCACUCACAUGAUGGUUGCUUGUCUGGGUACUCAG